GGCCUCGGAGCAAGCGAGCAAGGGAGCCCAGCCAGCCAGGAGAGGAGGCAGCCCUCGCCGUCGGGAACAGGCUGGCAAGCGGGAGGCCGGGCAGGCGCCGCGCUGGCCUUCCUUGAGCUCGGGAAGAGGCCUGCCUGGGAGCCGAGCGCCCAGCGCCGAAGGGGACCCUCUCCGACAUGCAGGCCCGGCGGCGCCCGGUGCUGCCGCCGCCGCCUCCCGAGGAUCAAGCAGAAUAUACAGAUUCAAUUCAACUAGCUGAUUGGGCAGUGUAUAUCAUGGAUAGAGAUUGGUUCAUUCGUUUCUUUAUGCAUGUAUAGGAGAAAAAGGUUCAGACAAGGAGCUGGGUGGCAUUUCCUGACAAAUGGAGAACUAUUUCCAGGCAGAGGCUUUUAACCUUGAUAAGGUUUUAGAUGAAUUUGAACAAAAUGAAGAUGAAGCUAUUUCACCUACUUUGUUGGAUGCAAAGUGGAAUAAGAUCCUAGAUCCUCCUUCUCAUCGGCUGUCUUUUAACCCAGCUCUGGCCAACGUGAAUGAAUCCACAAUUCCUAGUGAGUGUCCGCAAAAGUUGAAGUCAUUCUCCCUGUCUCAGUUAGCCACUGCAUCAGCAGGAGGAGGAGAUUGCUGUUCUAAUGGAAAGAAUCUUAAUAUAAGACAAGAAAGCCCAAACAUGUGGAUUGAUGAUCAGGCAGCAACAGAUGAUCAUCAGCUAGUUAAGAGAAAUAGCAAUCGAAAUGCCCUGUACAAUUUGAUGGAUGAAGAAGGAAGGAAAAAGAAACCAGAGGAAAAAAACGUUCUUGUAGUAGCAGUCAUGCAUAACUGUGACAGAAAAGGACUGCAAAGUGAUUUGUUAGAUUGUAGAAAUUACAGCAAUUCCCCCAGAAUGGAUACUGUUAGCUUUACACUGGAUAAUGAAACCCAACAAACUGAUCACAUUGAUGUUACUGUAAACGGGUCCAUUGAAAAAGAUGCAGAUACUGAAAAAGAUGCAGUACAAGCAAACAGGCUACCUGCAGAAGAAGAUUUUUUCAACCAUUGUAGUGUUGCUGCUUCUGCUUGCUUAUCCAGUGGAUAUUCUUCUCUGUUAAAGGAGAAUGAUAAUUCAAAUAAAGACCUUCAUUUCUCAGAAACUGCAGCAGCAGGGAUGAAUGUAAUUACAUUGCAGAGGCCACUUGGCCCUAGUGUUAAAAUACAGCAAAGCUGUGCAUCAGGUGAGGGUUUUGAUACUGAUGCUGUUGCUCAGCUGGAAACUAGAAACUGUUCACCUAGUUCACGUAAUGGUGGUUUCUCCACAGAGGUUUCUGUUGCAGAACCAGCAGCCCAGCCAUUUCAGUCAGGGAUAUGUGAGGUCUCUGCAACUUGUCAGCCAAAUACGUUUGAAAGUGGUAAUCACAGUGAACGUUCUGACGGACAUUUGGCCUCUAUGGAUGUUGGUGCUGCUGAAAAUGAAGCUGACAAAUAUGAAAAAAUACUCAGCUCAACUGAAUUGCUCAGCACGACAGUUUGUUUAUCACAAUCUCAGGAGAUGGCAAAUGGGGAACUGACUGAAGAAAACCAGAUCAGUAAUGAGCAAACACCUGGGGAGGAUGAAACACUGUUGCAUACAGCAAAGCAGGAGGAAGCAUGUAGUAAUGGAGACAGCAGUGAUGGCAUGACAGUAGCAAGUCACUACUUAAAGGGAGCAUAUAUGGAUGAGUUUGAAGAUUCCAGCCCCACUGAUGUCAUGAGUACAUCGGCAUCAAGUGCUCUGCUCAAUUGUUGUGAUUCCUAUGGAAUACAGAACCCAAUUCUUGCUCAUAUUCCAAAGACUUUACCCUCCAAGGAAGACUCAGUGACUGAGGAAAAGGAGAUAGAGGAGAGCAAAUCAGAAUGUUACAAUAAUGUUUAUGAACAAAGAGGAAAUGAGGCCACAGAGAGAAGUGGGCUCAUUUUGAACUGCACUGGUGACCAAAUUAAAAAAAAACAUUUACAUAAUCUCUGCAGUCAGGUACCAUCUGAAACAAGUCAAGCAUCACCAAAACAAGCAGCCAGUCUGCAACCUCUCAGUGUUCCUUUUGGUGGUGCCCGACCCAAACAGCCUACAAAUCUUAAACUACAAAUUCCAAAGCCAUUAUCGGACCAUUUACAAAAUGAUCUGGUUCCCCCAAACUGUGGAGGAAACAGUAAAAACAAAAAUGAUGUAUCUGGAAAAGUAAAAGUAGGUGAAAAGAUAGCAGCAAAUGUAUUUUCUGAUGAAACAUCACUGAAUGCAUCAGUCACAGAUAUUGGCGGGGAGCAUUCUGAUGAUUAUAAGUCUGGGGUUUCUAGUAGUUUGUGCCUUGCCGCAGCCUCAGAUAGUCCAGACAAUGAUCUUGGAGCUGGCCAGUUUGGAGUUCCUACAAGAAAGACAUUUACUACUUUGGGCGAAGUGGCUCCGGUCUGGGUUCCAGAUUCUCAAGCACCCAACUGCAUGAAAUGUGAGGCCAGAUUUACAUUUACUAAAAGGCGACACCAUUGCAGAGCCUGUGGAAAGGUCUUCUGUGCAGCCUGCUGCAGUCUAAAAUGCAAACUGCUAUAUAUGGACAGAAAGGAAGCCAGAGUGUGUGUAAUUUGCCAUUCGGUCCUAAUGAAUGCACAAGCCUGGGAGAACAUGAUGAGUGCCUCAAGCCAGAGCCCUAAUCCUAACAAUCCUGCUGAGUACUGUUCUACCAUUCCUCCCUUACAGCAAGCACAGGCUUCUGGAGCUCUGAACUCUCCACCACCUACUGUUAUGGUACCUGUGGGGGUCCUAAAGCAUCCAGGUGCAGAAGUGGCUCAGCCCAGAGAACAAAGACGUGUUUGGUUUGCUGAUGGCAUCUUACCCAAUGGGGAAGUUGCUGAUGCAGCCAAAUUGACAGUGGCUGGAACAACCUCCCCUGGAGCGCUAGCAGUGUCACAUGAUCCAAGCAAACCCAUGAGCAACAAUGCUUCACCCGUAGAGACUGAAAACACACUUGCAUUUUCAAGAAGCAUUACUCAGGUUGGAAGUCCAGUUGGCAGUGCGAUGAAUCUUAUUCCAGAAGAUGGGCUUCCUCCAAUUCUUAUUUCUACUGGGGUGAAAGGAGAUUAUGCUGUAGAAGAAAAACCAUCUCAUAUAUCAGUGAUGCAGCAGUUGGAAGAUGGUGGCCCUGACCCCCUUGUGUUUGUUUUAAAUGCAAAUUUGCUGUCCAUGGUUAAAAUUGUGAAUUAUGUGAACAGGAAGUGUUGGUGCUUCACUACAAAAGGAAUGCAUGCUGUAGGCCAGUCAGAAAUAGUAAUUCUUCUCCAGUGCUUACCCGAUGAGAAGUGUUUGCCCAAGGAUAUUUUCAACCACUUUGUGCAGCUUUAUAGAGAUGCUUUGGCAGGUAAUGUUGUGGGUAAUUUAGGACAUUCAUUUUUCAGUCAGAGUUUUCUCGGCAGUAAGGAGCAUGGCGGAUUCUUGUAUGUUACACCUGUGUAUCAGUCACUGCAGGACUUGGUGCUCCCCACUCCACCAUAUUUAUUUGGAAUCCUUAUCCAGAAAUGGGAGACUCCUUGGGCUAAAGUAUUUCCCAUCCGACUGAUGUUGAGACUUGGAGCUGAAUACAGGUUGUACCCGUGCCCACUUUUCAGUGUCAGAUUUCGUAAGCCAUUGUUUGGAGAGACUGGACACACAAUUAUGAAUCUUCUUGCAGACUUCAGAAAUUACCAGUAUACAUUGCCAGUUGUCCAAGGCUUAGUGGUUGAUAUGGAAGUGAGGAAAACCAGCAUCAAAAUUCCCAGCAACAGAUACAAUGAGAUGAUGAAAGCCAUGAACAAGUCCAAUGAGCAUGUUCUAGCAGGUGGGGCAUGCUUCAAUGACAGGGCAGACUCUCAUCUCGUGUGUGUGCAGAAUGAUGAUGGGAACUAUCAGACACAGGCCAUCAGUAUUCAUAAUCAACCGCGAAAGGUGACUGGCGCUAGCUUCUUUGUGUUCAGUGGAGCUCUAAAGUCUUCUUCAGGCUAUCUGGCAAAGUCCAGCAUUGUAGAAGAUGGAGUCAUGGUCCAGAUAACAGCUGAAAAUAUGGACUCCCUGAGGCAGGCUCUGAGGGAGAUGAAAGACUUCACUAUUGCCUGUGGUAAAGUGGAUGCUGAAGAGCCUCAAGAACAUGUGCACAUUCAGUGGGUGGAUGAUGACAAAAACUUCAACAAGGGUGUUGUAAGUCCCAUUGAUGGAAAAUCAAUGGAGUCUAUCACAAGCGUGAAAAUAUUCCAUGGCUCAGAGUAUAAAGCAAAUGGGAAGGUCAUUAGGUGGACAGAGGUUUUCUUUCUGGAAAAUGAUGACCAACACAAUGGCCUAAGUGACCCUGCUGACCAUAGCAGGCUGACUGAGAAUGUGGCCAAGGCUUUCUGCCUGGCCUUGUGCCCUCACCUGAAGCUUUUGAAGGAAGACGGGAUGACCAAGCUGGGUUUACGUGUUACGCUUGAUGCUGAUCAAGUUGGCUACCAGGCUGGGAGCAAUGGGCAGCCACUGCCUGCUCAGUACAUGAAUGACCUGGACAGUGCCUUAGUUCCAGUAAUUCAUGGAGGGGCAUGCCAGCUGAGUGAGGGCCCAGUCAUAAUGGAGCUUAUUUUUUAUAUUCUGGAAAACAUCUCAUAAGGACUUCAUUUUCUGUUCAGACCUGUUCCAGCAGCAGCUCUAUCUGAAUCAUUUGCACUUUAAAACUGGAAAAAUUAAGCUUUUGUUAACACUAUUAUGAGGGGGUGGGUGCGUGAUUGAGAACAGUUGUUCCAUAAUUCUGAAUCGUCUAUGCAUUUGUCAACAAACAGGAUCAGGGCAGCUUCUAUACUACAAAAUGGCUAUGUUACCUUUGCAGCUAAUACACUUCUGUUACGGAUUAGAAACAAACAAUGGUCAUGUUUUAAGACAAUUGCAGUCAUGUAUUCAAUGCUCAAAAGGGUGCAGAGAUCACUGGGGAGUAAAUAAAAGGAAAGGAAAUGUAAACAUU